AUGGCAAGUCUGCCCCAUGUAAGUACUCAAAUGCCGCCUCUACUUGCAUACGCUGACUUUGCGCCGAACAGGGAAGCUCUCGGCAUUACCCGAAUCACAUACAACCAAUUCGCAACCAUCACUCUUGAUUUCGAGGCUUCUCACCCCAGAACCCACGCAUUCGAGAACGGGUUGGUCCCUCCAGGCUUCCCUUGUGCGUUUCUGAAGCAGCUGGAGAUCUGCUUCAGCUGGUUCGGCGAGUGGAGUACAAGUGGCGCGGAGGGGCAGAAUGCCUGGCGAGAGGGAGUGAAUGAAGGUGUGCUUGAAAUGUUGAGACAAAAGUUGGUUGUUCGUAUUGACAUCUCGCAGGCUGUCGAUGCCCGGCUCGCACCCCACCAGCCGCUGUUCGACAUGUUUGCAGAAUUCUAUCAGAUCUCCCUCGGAAACCAGCGUAAAAACCCCAAGAAGCCCAUCGCGCUCGCUGUUGAGUACCACAAGAGCCUUGCUGAAUGAACACGAAGCACGACGUAGGCAAGCGGCGCUCGACGCGACUACGGUGUUGAUAGUGGAGGACGAGAUGAUGGACGCAGAAGCCAGGGCAGCACAACGAAAUAGCUCCAAAUGAGGAGUAGUUUACAGCGACAGCUCUCGUGGAAGAGGCAGAGGGAGAUGGUGAUACUGAAAGGAAGUGUUUGUGCAGUUGCUCAUUGCGGACUAUGUGGAUUCGGGGCGUAAAGCUGAAGCGAGAGAGAACCCCCCUGCCGAGUCGAUUGAGAGAUUUUGGUAGAUUUCCAUUGCCAGCUUUUGGCUGUAAGAAUAAUUGCACGUAAUAUACGUACUAUGAUAUACAUGAAGUAUGGA